AUGUCGUCCACUCUGACGGCUCCAAACCCACCCAUACCGUCUACGAAUCCGACCGACUCCUUCCAAUUGCUAAAAGAGUCGGAGAAACCAGACGCUGAGCAGGCAAUUUAUGAUGAGCAGAUUAGGCAGGUCAAGUCUUGGUGGGCCAGUCCAAGAUUUAACGGCAUCAAGCGACCAUAUACGCCGGAGGAUGUAGUGAGCAAACGGGGGACACUUCAGCAAGUGUAUCCGUCCAGUUUGAUGGCAAGAAAACUAUUUAAUCUACUCGAGGAGCGAAAUGAACAGGGAAAGCCGGUACACACAAGUAUGUAUCCCCAUUUUCGCUCCAUAGCUGCCUUUAUGCUGAUUCGUAUUGGCCCAAAGUGGGUGCUGUUGAUCCAAUCCAAAUGACACAACAAGCUCCACACCAAGAGAUUCUGUACGUCUCUGGAUGGGCCUGUUCCUCGGUCUUGACCACUACGAAUGAAGUUAGUCCGGACUUUGGCGACUACCCGUACAACACUGUGCCGAACCAGGUGCAGCGCCUCUUCAAAGCCCAACAGCUGCAUGAUCGCAAACACUACGAUGCAAGAAUGAAACUGAGCCCUGAAGAGAGGAAAAAGACACCCUAUGUCGACUACAUGAGACCAAUUGUCGCGGACGGCGACACCGGCCAUGGUGGGUUGAGUGCCGUCCUCAAGCUCGCCAAGCUCUUCGCAGAGAACGGUGCUGCUGCUGUGCAUUUUGAGGACCAGCUUCAUGGGGGAAAGAAGUGCGGUCAUCUCGCGGGCAAAGUUUUGGUCCCAUUUGGCGAUCAUAUCAACCGCCUGGUGGCGACGAGAUUCCAGUGGGAUUUGAUGGGCUGUGAGAAUCUUGUCAUUGCACGCACCGACAGCGAGAGCGGGAAGCUCCUCAGCUCUGCUAUCGAUGCGCGAGACCAUGAGUACAUUCUGGGGGUCACAGAAGAGGUAGAGCCGCUUGCUGAGACAUUGCAAAUGAUGGAACUAGAUGGCGCUUCCGGACCAGAGAUUGACGCAUUCGAAGCAGAGUGGGUGAAGAAACACAAGAUGGUCACAUUCGAUGAAGCUGCGGAGGCUCACAUCAAGUCGGCUGGUAAGGAAGCAGAAGCCUACCUCAAGCAGACGCAAGCGAAUCGAAACAUGCCUCUACACCAACGGAGAAGAGCAGCUGCAGAGAUAGCCGGCAGCCCGGUGAUCUUCAAUUGGGAUACGCCACGGACUCGGGAGGGCUUUUAUCACUACAAAGCUGGUCUCGCGGCUGCGACCAAGCGAGCGAUUGCGUUCGCGCCUUAUUCCGAUCUCCUCUGGCUUGAGACAGCAGACCCAAGCGUUUCCAAAGCGGCGGGCUUUGCUCAGGAGAUCCGCGAGGCGUUCCCUGGCAAGAAGCUUGUGUACAAUCUUUCACCAAGCUUCAAUUGGUCUGCUCAUGGCUUCAGCGACAGCGAACUGAAGAACUUCAUCUGGGACUUAGCCACCCACGGCUUCGUUCUCCAGCUCAUCUCCCUUGCCGGACUACACAGCACCGCGACAAUCACCAACGAGCUGGCCAAGGCAUAUAAAACCGAAGGCAUGAAGGCGUACGUCGACAUUGUGCAGCGGAGAGAAAAGGAGACAGGCUGCGACGUUCUCACACACCAGAAAUGGAGCGGGGCCAACUAUAUGGACGGCAUCAUUGGCGCAAUUCAGGCGGGCAGCAGCGGGUCUCGGAGUAUGGGCGCGGGCAACACCGAAGGCCAAUUCUAG